AGUGCGCCAGGCUUUGAAGCAAACUUUCGUAGUGGUCAAACCCUAGAAUUACAACUUCCGUGUCAGUCACGUGAUGCCAUGGGGCCCAAACAAUACUUUUCCCUAUUGACUUACAUUGGGAAAGAAACAUCUGUAAAUUAGCGUAUCAUUUAUUUUGUGGUAAAUCAUCUCACCGAUACAAACACUUGAAUAUGCCUUAUUUAAAUCAUUAGGUCCUAAAAGAGAGCUAUUAGCCGAAUCCAGAGUUAUUUUUCUUCCAUUCAUGUGGCUGGGUCGAGAGGCGGGAUUUAACAAAAACGCAAGUGCGCAUGCUCUAUGGGCCCAUGGAUGCGGAAGAACGCCGGAAGAUCCGGUAAAAAAGGAGGCUCAGAACUAGUUCAGAACACUGAGAAAGAUGGCAAAAAAGACCGUGCAGCAGUGGACAAGGUUUUCUUCGGGCGAAUAUGCCAGAUUCUGCGGAUCAUGGUACCUCGAGUUUGCUGCAUGGAGACCGGCUACCUCGCCUUUAUCGCUGCCAUGUUGGUGGCCAGGACCUACUGUGACGUUUGGAUGAUCCAGAACGGCACCAUGAUCGAAAGCGGUAUUAUAAGCAGAGACAGCAGUCUAUUCAAGAAGCACUUUUAUUCCUACAUAUCAGUCAUACCAGCGAUAGCCUUGGUGAACAACUUCCUGAAGUUGGGUCUGUACGAGCUGAAGCUGAGGUUCCGUGAGAGGCUCACAAAGAACUUGUACGACCAGUACCUGCAGGGUUUCACGUACUACAAAAUGGGAAACCUGGACAACAGGAUAGCCAAUGCAGACCAGCUACUGACACAGGAUGUGGAGAAGUUCUGCAACAGUGUGGUGGACCUUUACUCAAACCUCAGCAAGCCUCUUUUGGAUAUCGGUCUGUACAUCUUCAAGCUGACAAGUGCCAUCGGUGCUCAGGGCCCAUCCGUCAUGAUGGCCUACCUGCUGAUCUCAGGUCUGUUUCUGACCAGACUGAGACGACCCAUAGGAAAGAUGACAGUCACCGAGCAGCGGUACGAGGGAGAGUACCGCUUUGUCAACUCUCGCCUCAUCACCAACAGUGAGGAGAUCGCCUUCUACAACGGAAACAUGAGGGAGAAACAGACCAUUCACACCACGUUCAAGAAACUGGUGGACCACUUGCAUAGCUUUAUCCUCUUUCGCUGCUCCAUGGGAUUUGUGGACAGCAUGAUCGCCAAGUACCUGGCCACUGUAGUAGGCUACUUGGUGGUUAGCCGGCCGUUCCUCACCCCGGGACACCCCCGACACCUGAACAGCACACACUCUGUGCUGCUGGAGGAUUACUACCAGAGUGGCAGGAUGCUGCUGAGACUGUCCCAGGCUCUGGGCAGGAUUGUACUCGCUGGCAGAGAGAUGACUCGCCUGUCAGGAUUCACAUCUCGUAUCACUGAACUGAUGAAAGUCCUGAACGAGCUGAAUGCUGGCAAAUAUGAACGCACCAUGGUCUCCCAGCAGGACAAAGACUCGAACACUGAACAGAAGCUGAAGCUGGUGCCCGGCAGUGGACAAGUCAUCAACAGAGACCACCUCAUCAAGUUUGAGCAUACCCCACUAGCGACUCCCAAUGGAGACAUUCUGAUCCGAGACCUCACCUUUGAGGUGAACUCCGGCACCAACGUUCUUGUGUGUGGACCAAACGGCUGUGGGAAGAGCUCUCUGUUCAGAGUGCUCGGAGAGCUGUGGCCGCUGUUUGGAGGAAAGCUGACAAAACCCGAGCGAGGGAAGCUCUUCUACGUUCCUCAGAGACCCUACAUGACGCUGGGCUCUCUGAGGGACCAAGUCAUUUACCCCGACACUCAUGAAGACCAGAGGAGGAAAGGCAUCGCUGAUCAGGUAUUGAAGGAGUACCUGGACAACGUUCAGCUGGGUCACAUCCUGGACAGGGAGGGCAGCUGGGACUCGGUGCAGGACUGGAUGGAUGUCCUCAGUGGAGGAGAGAAGCAGAGGAUGGCUAUGGCCAGACUGUUCUAUCAUAAACCCCAGUUUGCUAUUCUUGAUGAGUGCACCAGCGCAGUGAGUGUAGAUGUGGAGGACUUCAUCUACGGCCACUGCAGGACGGUGGGCAUCUCCUUGUUCACAGUGUCUCAUAGAAAGUCUCUGUGGAAGCACCACGAGUAUUACCUCCACAUGGACGGGAGAGGGAACUACGAGUUCAAGCCCAUCACAGAGGAAACGGUGGAGUUCGGCUCCUAACUACCCGCUGAUGUCCGUCUGCCAUGCACUGCUCCGAUGAAACCAGUCCACUUCUUUGCACUUGAGACAGAAGAAAUAGCUAAAACUAGAAAAAUAAUGUGUUUUAAUCAUUUAGUUUCUUUUAUCACCUUGUUUUCUGUUAUUUAAAUCAUGACUUUAGUCCUGUCUAAUCACUAACCUGUUCAUUCUAAACACACAUUACCCAUUCAGUAUGUGCUUUAAUCAUCUCUGCCCAUGUGCUCUAACCUUAGAACUAUAACGGAGGUUAGUAUAAAACUCAUCUGACAUAAUGAGACGGAGUUUCUCUAGAAAUGGCUUUAAAUUAAAACUAAAAAGAUUAAAUCUGAGUGCAAUUUGUCAUCUCGAGAUGAUGUAAUGAUUGAUGAUCACAUGAUGAUAAAAGUUAAGCACCGCUGCUCUCUGUAGCUACAGAAUAAACUCACUGGAAGCCUCUGGAGUAAACGGCGCUCUGCUCUGUGCGAGGGAGCAGGAACACGUCCGUCACUCAGGCAUGCAGGCGGGGGGGGGGGGGGGGGGGGUGUUGCAAAUACCAACUCACCAGAGGGAGGAACACAAUGCUGCUCAUGAACUGGGGUCCUCAGCGUUGACCUCAUUGCUGCCUAAAUAUUCCAACAGCACCGGUGUUCAGACGCAGACCGUCACCAGCACUGCGCUCCAGUGAGUUAGUAUUUUAAACAUUCCUCAUUACAGGAAGUAGGAAGCGAUCGUCCAGUGUCCAGUGUCCAGUGACCUGUGACCUGCUCCACAACAGCACAUGAGACUGGGUUUAACUUUGCAGAGCCGCUCUGUGACCUGACUGGGCUUUAAGCGUCAAAGUCACGGACAGGCUAAUGAUUACAAAUGUAAUUUAAAUGAGUAAACAUGGCUAGAAAGCCCUAAUAAAGAGGGAACAAUAUAGUUUAUUUUUUCUGUUCCAACAGUUUAUAAAAUGGUUCAGCAAAAAUCAAUUGUUGCCUUUUUUCUCCCCACUGUAGGUUAUUUUAGAUCAAAGCUGUACGAUUGUAAUGGUUGGGAUUUCUCCCAUUAAUUUGUCUGUCGGGACACAAUGAAACAAAUCCAGCUGGUUAAUGAUGACGUCAUCAAAACAAGUAUAAUAAUUAGGCUUUGUCCUCUUAUUAUAAUCUCGUUAUUAACCUUUUCCCGUUUGUGUAAUUCAGUUAAAAAUGUAAUUAACACUUUUUGAGAGGUGGGAUUAAAAGUGCUGUAUUGUUAACUGAUGUCAGACUGAGCGGGGGUCUAAAGUGACCCGAUGCUUCGGGAUGUCAGACUGAGCGGGGGUCUAAAGUGACCCGAUGCUUCGGUCAGUCCAUCACUGGUACAUGUGCAGACGAGGUCCUUCCCUCUGCCAGUACAACACCUGUAUACUGUAACUUUAUUCUGAAAGUGUGAACGUGUAAAGAAGCCCAUGCCCAUGGUUUUAUAUGGAUAAUAAUGUUGUUAUGAUCUCACUCUGCAUUAAAGUAAUAAGCCGUA